UGAUAUAAUUGUUUGUUUGCGUCUUUUAGUGUUUUUUUUGUACGAAGCGCGUGGAGGGGUUGUUUUGCGCUAGUUUCCUGUGGUGGGUUACCCGGCCGCUAUCUGAACAAUGAACUUAGAGUUACUAGAAUCCUUUGGGCAGAACUAUCCGGAAGAGUUUGAUGGGUCGCUCGACUGCAUAUCGCUGGCCGUAACGUGUGCCUUCAAUAAGUGCGGCACGCUGCUGGCGGUUGGCUGCAACGAUGGGCGAGUCGUGAUAUGGGAUUUCCUGACGCGCGGAAUCGCGAAAAUCAUCUCAACCCACGUACACCCCGUAUGCAGCUUGUGCUGGUCCCGAAACGGCCACAAGCUGCUGUCCGCGUCGACGGAUAACAACGUGUGCAUCUGGGACGUGCUGAGCGGUGACUGUGAGCAAAAGUAUCGCUUUCCGUCGCCCAUCCUGAAGGUACAGUUUCAUCCACGGGACGACAACAAGUUUCUCGUUUGUCCGAUGCGCUACGCGGCUAUACUGGUGGUCGUCGGCGGUAAACACGAGUGUCUUCCCUUGGAUAACGACGGCGACUUGAACAUCGUCGCCGCCUUCGAUCGACGCGGAGAGCACAUAUACACGGGCAAUGCGAAGGGAAAGAUUCUCGUCCUUAACGCCACCACGCUCGAAAUAGUGGCCAGUUUUAAGAUAGUGCUCGGCAGCUCGAGCGUUACGGCGGUCAAGAGCAUUGAGUUUGCCCGCCGGGGAGAAGCAUUCCUAGUUAAUACGUCCGAUCGCGUGAUCCGCGUGUACGACUCCAAGGAGGUGGUCACUUGCGGGAAGGACGGCGAACCGGAACCCAUACAAAAGCUGCAGGAUCUCGUGAACAAAACGACGUGGAAAAAGUGUUGCUUUUCCGGCGACGGCGAGUACAUUUGUGCCGGCAGUGCCCGGCAACAUGCACUGUACGUGUGGGAGAAGUCGAUCGGCAAUUUGGUCAAGAUUCUGCACGGCACGAAGGGCGAACUGCUGCUCGAUGUCGUCUGGCAUCCGGUGCGCCCGAUCAUCGCGAGCAUCAGCUCGGGACUGGUUUCGAUCUGGGCCCAAAAUCAGGUCGAAAACUGGUCCGCCUUCGCGCCCGACUUUAAGGAGCUGGACGAGAACGUGGAGUACGAGGAGCGUGAGUCGGAGUUUGAUCUGGCGGACGAGGACAAAUCGGUGGAUUUGGCGGCAGAAUCGAAACAGGACGAAGAGGUGGAGGUGGAUGUGGUGUCCGCCGAGCCGAUCGCGGCGUUCUGUAGCUCGGACGAGGAGUAUGAGGACGAGACGGCCCUUCAGUUUCUGCCGAUGGCUCCGGAGGUCGAAGAUCCGGAGGAUGGCUGGUGUUCGCAGGAUAACGGCGAUACGCUCGGUAGCGCCUUCGGUGGGUCACUCGGUGGCGGCGGCGGUGGUGUGACGGGGGGCGUAGAUUCGCUAAAGGAAAACGAACCGACGAUGAAGAAACGCAAAACCAGCCAGUACGAGAUAGCCCUGGACAAUGCCCCGACCGACGAUGUGCACCCGCUGCUGCAGAACAAAACGAACAAGGACAAACAGUCGGCCACGAGCAAGAAGGCAGCCGGCCGGCCACGGAAGUAA